UACUCUCUUUUCUUACCAGGCUCACAGCCCAACACCUUCGUUACACACUUACUCUCUUUUCUUACCACGUUACUCUCUUUUUAAAAGCUAGGGUUUGUCCCCUUUUCUGGCGCCAUUGCUUGACUUGUGGUGUGAGAAGAAAGGGAUGGCCGCGGAGAAGAAUCAACGACACCUUUUGGUGCUAAUGCAUAAAAGGAUCUGCGGCAUCGACCCCAUGAAACUGAUAACACCCGAGAAGGAGGAGGAGGAGGCUGUGGAUUGGGAAAAUCUACCUCCAUUUCUCUUUGAUUUCAGCGUGGUUCUUCCGCUGGCCCGCAUGCACGCUUUGGAGUUGGAUCCCAAGAUGUAUCUUGUUGGAGGUCUCAAACUCACUCAUAUGAAAUUUGAUCAUUAUUAUGAUGGUCCUUCCCAUCCUUCCAAAACAGUCUACGAACUAGACCUUGACAAGAAGAAGGUGGAGGAGUCGAAAUCAAUGGAUGAUGCUCCAAAGUUUAUUGCUACCGGGUUCUAUACUCUUCACAAAAUCAGAAGUGAUUAUUAUUUUAUAAUGAUGGGUGGUCUCGUACCCGCGGAUGCUCCUCGGAAUUUUUGGGUUCUACGCUCUGAGACCAAGGUUUGGGAAUGCUUGCCUGAUGCUCCUGGUCAUCCUGACAAACGCUCACAUUCCUCACUUGCUGACGGUUCAUGGUUCGACUUCUAUGGUAAGCUAUACCUCCGAAUCCGUUUCGAAGAUGGAAGAGUUUUCGUCCACUCGUAUGAUAUCCAUAACUCACAUUGGACAACCAGUGAGGGUGACAAUAGUUUUACGCGUUCUUUUUGUGUCCCAGUGGAUUCCGAUGGCCAGCUACGGUUCUUUCUUCCAAGGGUGCAUAUUCCAGAUUUGGUUGAUCCUGGGAAAUACCUAGCACUUUCGUGCGAACGCAUUGGAGAAAAACACUUGGUGUGCGCUUUCCAGGUGGAUGAAUUGGGUGUCGUUAUCUUCCAAAGGCUUGAAGGCUGCUUAGAUAGAAUGCCAUCCUUCUUUCAUGAGAAAACUCCCGUUGUUGUUGAUCUUGAUGGCAAAGGCACUUUUGUUGUUAUGUUACCUGGCUUUGCAAAGGAACAGAAACAGGACCCAGUCCUCUGCCUGUUGGUUCUUCAGCUCAUUGCAAAGAAGGUUGUAUCCUAUCCCUCCCGUGUCCUCCGUAGCUCUGUGAGGUCCCCAAUGGAGUGUGAGUUCUUAGAUUGGAAAGUCCUUAGCAUGAACAUGUACAGCAGAAAACGUGGCUUUGAUGAUUGGAUUAGUGUCUCUCUUUUCCCUGGCAUCCGCUGUGACGAAGCCAUUGCAUACGAGGUCCCAAGGAGAGGAAAAAGAAAAUGCAGCCAAAUUUGAGUUCCAAAUAUGCCUGCUUGCUUCAAGGGUGGGUGUUGAUCAAGCAAUGUUAUGCACCAGUAUAUGGUUGUCUAUCUGAAAUUUUUUGGAAUUUUUUGAAAGAAAUUUUAGAUGACCAACACUAUUUUUUACCUUAGAUUUGAAAUGACAUUAGCUAACUCUCCUUAUUUUAAAAUAUGAAGACGAUACAUACCACUAAUUAAAGUCUUGCUUACCACGUAAUAGCUUAGAAUGGUAUUAUUGUAUAUUUAAUCAACAUCUUAGAUGGUUAAGAUUUA